AUGUUCCCCGAUGAGCUCAAGGGACUGACGCCGGUCGAAGAGAAGCUCAUCUCGCUGAACUCAUGUUACGGGUUUGGCCACAUCACGGUGUUUCCGAACAAUGUGCAGGAGCUGGCCACAAAGUGCUCCCGCACCCCUUUGCAAGCACUGGACGAGAUCCACAUCUCGUGGCAGGGCGCGGAGAAGCCGGCACCGAGCGACCUGUCGAGUCUCUUGUCGGUGAGGCGGCGGGUGGUCGAGAGGGCCCUUGUCUGGCUGAAGCGGAACAACCCCCACUACGCCGAGAUCGAGAUCGACGCGGCGGAGAUGGAGAGCUGGGGAGACUCGAUACACGGGUACCGUCCGCGGACGGCGCACGUUGUGCCGCCCACGGAACGCGCCGUGGACGAGGAGGGGGUGGAGAUCGAGGAGCUCUUCGCCCUGCUCAACCAAGGACAAGAAGCCGGCGGCCAGGGUGAAGGUCACGGGCCCAACGGAGAAGGCGCGGUUCGCGAUGGAAGUGACGCCUGCCCCGACCAGAACGUUCCAGCGAUCAACGAGGUGACGUCUUCUGGCAUGUUCGCGCUCGACGGACCGCCAGACGUCGCGGACGUGGAGAAGCUGCAGUUUGCCUGUGACGCUGUUGGUGAAGGUGCCGACGACGGCCGUGCGGGCCCGAGCGUGGGUCGGGUCCCUAGCCGGGGUUCGGGGCGUGGCGACGGUGGUUGUGAGCCAUACAUCCGGGUUUCGCGGGGUGAGUUUACCGAUUCCUUUGAGGCGUCCUUCUUUGCCAGGACGUUCCCGACCCUGUUCCCAUUUGGCGUUGGGGACCAAGAAAGGCUAGCGGCGGCGAGGGUCGAGUUGGAGAGCUCGGAGGUCCGUCUCAAUAUGCGGCGGAAAAUCCAGUCGCUCAUCGUCGGAUAUGGCGUGCCGGCCAUCUGGUUCACCAUCAACCCGAACGACAUUACGAACCCGGUGAAGCUGCGACUGGCGGCAUACCGCACACGCGAUCCCGACGCGGCCGAGGAGUUCUUAGAAGGCCUUGGGGAUGCGUAUAAGCGGGCACGGCUGGCGAUAUCGGAUCCCAUGAGCUCGGCCGUGUUCUUCCACCGCGAGAUGAAGCUGUUCUUCGAUCAUUACGUGAAGGUCGGUGAAGACUCGAUGCUUGCCGACAUCCACGGGGAGGAUCAGGCGGCGUAUCGCGAGCGAAUCGUCCGAUACAUCGAUAGCGUCUUCUCAGAGGCGCCAUGGAGGUUAGUCGACAAGACCGCCCUCACGGCAGACGGGGUGCUGCAGAUCCGGAGGACACACAGCAUGGUCAAUCGAUGGAACGAGGCUAUUGCUGUCGGGCUCCGGCACAACCAUGAUAUUUCCUUCAUUGCGACGCAGCGCAAGACAAUGGCCCUCAUCUAUUAUGUCACGAACUACGCGACCAAGGUGGAGGACCCGGUGUGGAAGCGUGUGGCGGCCGCGGCCGAGCUCCUGGCCGCCUCAACAGGGAACAGGACGCGACAGUUCCUGAUGAGAGUGGCGAACCGCGUGUUCACGGAGCGUCCGCUAUCACAGGUCGAGGUCGUCGCUCACCUUCUCGGAUAUCCGGCCGAGUUCACCGACAGCAGCGCGUGGGCGUACCUGAACUGUUCUCUGCUGUACUGGGAAGUCUUUCGGCGAUGGCGGCAUCUCCGAGAAGCCAGUGGCGCUGCGGCUAUGGAUGACACCUUGGAUGAGUCGGUGCUCAGGCGGCCGGGCAAGCACGCUACCGUCUGCCUCGACGGCUACCUGAGCAAGGACUUCACCUACGAUGACGAGUCGUGCUACCGGAGGGCAGCCGUGCAGCAUCUUGCGCUGUUCGUGCCGUGGGAGUCCUUCCUGGGCGAAGGAACAGCCUCGUCCGGCGAUGGCGACCCGACGGUCGCACACGUCGAGGAGGGUGGAGCAGGCGAGGCGGGCGCGGAGUCUGCAGCGACAUAUCAGCCCAACAGCAUCGGAGACGCAACGCGGCUCAUCGACGUCGUCCGAGGUGCAGUGGGAGCGAAUCAGGUGACGGCCAAGUCGCCGGAGCUCAUGGCAAUGAUACAGCAGCUCUGUCGGUUUCAGCAAUCGGCGCUGCGCUCGACGGCCGAGCUCGAGGCCACGGCGCUGAUCGAACGGGGGGAGAGGCGGUUAAGCAUGCCAGGGCGGGUAUUUUCCGGGGCCGCACUCCCGCCGCAGGAUCAGGUCAAGGCUAUCAAGUCGCAGCAGGUAAGUGCCUCGAAGGAGAGGGAGAGGAUGAUCCAAGGGAUACAAAGCACGCCCGCCGCCUGGGAAAGCGAUCGCCGCGCAGCUGCGAAGGGUGAUGACCGGUUUCGGGAGGACGAGGUCGAAAUGACGAUGGCCGACUCCGACGAGACCGCUAUCGACGCAGGGGCGGGAAUGGACGUUCAGUUUGGCCCAUCAACCUCCUUCCUCGCGGCGGGCAAGGUGUUGGCAACACGGCUGACGCUGAACAAGAGGCAGUCCAUCGCUUUUCUGAUAAUAUGCCGCCAGCUCGAUUUGAUGCAGCAGACCGACGGGGGCGAUGCCUGCCAGCUGCGCCAGUUCGUCGGUGGCGAGGGCGGUACCGGCAAGUCGCGAAUCAUCGAGGCACUCGUCGAGCUGUUCAGUAAAAAGAGCCUUUCGAAUCGUCUGCUGAUCACGGCGACGUCGGGGACUGCGGCGGCGCGGAUCAACGGCAUCACGAUCCACUCCGCCUGCGGGUUCACUAAAGACCAAGGGGGGGGCGCGAACAUGGUCAAAGACCUUGACGGGGUGCGGCUGCCGAAACAGGCGGAGCGGUUCAUCCACGGCCAGUCUCGAAUGGAUUGGCAGGAGAAGGAUAUGCUCGUCAUCGACGAGGUGAGCAUGCUCGGGGCGCGGACGCUGCACGCCGUGAACGAGCGGCUUCGCCGGCUUCGCGGAUCGCGGCAAGAUUUCGGGGGGAUCCCCAUCGUCCUCUUCUGCGGAGAUUUUCAGCAGUUCCGGCCGGUCAAGAGAGACAACUCGUUCAAGGCCGAGCAGCGUCACCAGCACGACAAAGCGCACGCACUGUGGAAGAGGUUCACGACGGUCGUCAUGCUGGACGAGCAGAUGCGCGCCGCCGGCGACCCGGAGCUGCAAAGGCUGCUGAAGCGGAUCCGUCUAGGCGUGCAGGAUCGGACGGAUCUAAACCUCCUCAACUCAAGGAAUCGGUGGAACCUGAACAUGGAGGCGAGCCUGGCGUUCCGGGUCCAGCAGCGGUCGACGAUGCGCAUUUUCAUCUCCGAGCACAAGUGGAAGGAGGAGCUGCCGACGGAGGAAGAGGCGAUCAUGAUACUCAACCAGGGCGACGAUAGCGCGAUCCCGGUGCCGGCCGUCUUCAUGUUCGUGGCCGGGAUGCCCAUCGUGGUGAACCACAACACCCACCAGGGGCUGAAGCUAGUGAACGGCGCGAGCUACUCGGCGGUGGAGGUCAUUGUCGACAAGGCGUACCCGGGCAUCGGAUCUCGGCCGAUAUGA